AUGACCAGGAUGGAACCCGCACCUCGGAUGCCCCUGACUGAUGAAUGCCAUCACUAUGAGACCAAGGCAGAAGUGCCAUGGGACCUCCAAAAAUACUUUUCCCAGCGCUAUUCCAUAUUCCAGUAUUACGAUGAUGGCGUCUAUCUCACCGACGACGCCUGGUUCGGCGUGACUCCCGAACCAGUUGCCACCCAGGUCGCCCAAGACAUGUCAGCGUCCCCGGCCACCAGAAGGGUCUUGAUCGAUCUCUUCGCCGGCGCCGGCGGCAACACCAUCGCCUUUGCCCUGUCCUCGCGCUGGGACAAGAUCAUCGCCAUCGAGCGCCACGCCCCCACCCUCGCCUGCGCCCAGUCCAACGCCGCGCUGUACGAUGCCGACGACCGCAUCACCUGGGUCCACGGCGACUGCUUCGACUACCUCCGCCGUCUGCGCACGGAUCCGGCCUCCCUUCACGAGGAUCUCCAGGUCAGCCCCGCCGAGACGGUCAUCUUCGCGUCCCCGCCCUGGGGCGGCCCCGGCUACAGCACCGCCGACGUCUUUGACCUGCGCUUCAUGGAGCCGUACAACCUCCAGCACCUCCACGACGCCUGCUUUCCCAUGGACCAUGCGCUUUACCUGCCGCGCACGAGCGACCUGCGCCAGAUUGCCAAGCUCGCCCCCGGAGACGACAAGAUCGAUGUUGUGCAAUACUGCAUGAAGGGGGCGAGCAAAGCCCUCGUGGCCUACAUCCCGGGCACCGCUAGUAAGCCUGGCAAAAAAAGGCCAGUAGAAGCAUAA